GUUUCUUCCCUUCUAGAAGAAUAUCUUGGUCUAAUAAUGGAGUAUAUACGGCUCAUCUACGUGCAGGGACACUAGGCUUGGGCUCCUCACCCCAAUCUCCGUCAUCACCGACUGCAUCUGGAUGGAAGACUCUUGCGCGCCUAGCUUGCGCCCCUUGCUGUCACGCAUGCUAUCCUACGCGCUCCUCUGCCGUCAACAAUAGCCCUCCUUUCAGCGGAUCACGCAAGUGGCUGCACCUCCUGAGAGGAGCCCUCGCGCGUUCCGUACGUAUAUAAGGUGUAAGAUGACAUCCACUCCUCCCAGCUCGCGCCCGGCACCCUCAAGAGGGCAAGAAAAUCCACAUUCCCGGAGCCCAUCGCCUAUCCCACCACACCUGCUAGCCCGCCCAGAUGCACAUCCUACGCACGCUCCCUUUGCUUUUUGCUACGCUCAGUGGCGCAGCGCCUGGUAUAGGGCCGCGCGAUGGGGAUGCGGACCAUCUCACGCCGCCGGGCCCCUACGCGUCGACCGAUCCCAAUGCGCCGCUCUGGUCGCCCGAUGAUCCUAACGCGGAUCCCCAGCCCGUGCGCGGGGAUCUGGGCGCGUCGCCCAUCCUUGGGCCGACGAACAAGCCGCUGGAGCUACAAAACCCGGACCUGCUGGCACCGCCAUCGACAGAUGUGGGAGAUGUGCCGAAUCUGAAGUGGCCGUUCUCCCUGAGCCAUAACCGGCUGACGAACGGCGGCUGGGCAAGGCAGCAGACGGCGAAGCAGAUGCCCGUGGCGACGGACUUGGCAGGUGUGAAUAUGCACCUGGAGGCUGGCGCUAUCCGUGAGAUGCACUGGCAUACUGCCGCGGAGUGGGCAUACAUCCUCAAAGGCUCGCUGCGGAUUAGCGUUGUGACUCCCGAGGGGCACGUCUACCUCGGCGACGUGAACGAAGGGGAUCUCUGGUACUUCCCUCCAGGCAUCCCGCACUCCAUUCAAGCGAAGGCCAUCCCCGAAGAUGGCUCCGAGUUCCUCCUCGUCUUCGACGAUGGCAACUUCAACGAGGAUGAAACCUUCCUGCUCACGAACUGGCUGGCCCACGUCCCGACCGAGGUGCUGGCGAAGAACUUCAACAUGCGCGGUAAUGAGGGGGCUUUCAACAGCAUACCGGCUCAUGAGCUAUAUAUCUUCCCUGGCGUCGCGCCACCGGAAGACCCUGAAGACGACAUGGUCGUGCCGAACGAUACGGAGCUGCCUUACACAUUUAAGCUGUCUGAGGUCCCGGCGGAGCAGAAGCAGGGCGGCAGCGUUAAGAUUGUGGAUUCGAAUACGUUCAAGAUCUCGACCGCCAUCUCUGCCGCGGUUGUUGAGGUGGAGGUCGGCGGCUUGAGGGAGCUUCACUGGCACCCGACUGAGCCGGAAUGGACGUUCUUCCUCGAGGGCGAAGGCCGUAUGACCGUCUUCACGUCGAGCGCGUCCAACACCUUCAACUACCAGGGAGGCGACGUGGCUUAUAUCCCACCCUCUUUCGGUCACUACGUUGAGAACACUGGCAGCACCACGCUGAAGUUCUUGGAGAUCUUCAAGUCGGAUGUGUUCGAGGAUAUUUCCCUGUCGCAAUGGCUGGCACUGACGCCGCCAGAGCUUGUCAAGGCCCAUCUCGGCUUCACUGACGAGAUCAUUUCGCACUUGGACAAGGUCAAGCAAGAAGUGAUUUAGAUACCCUUUGGUGUAUGGUACCACGUAGAGCUAUACCAUGGCGUUGUUGAGC